GAUUCCUAACCUUAAGUGCACUCGUAUGGGAUACAUUUGGCAGGUGCACCGAAAUCGUCCUAAUUUCGCCAGCAUUCCGGCGAUUGCAGUAGAAUUCGCAGUAGAAGGGAACAGGUCAUCCACUUAUCAGUUAAUAUCCGAACAUUAUCAAUAAUAAGACGGAACAAUGGUGUUUAAAUGUCAAGAAGAUAGCUUCCUAAAGGAGUUUGUAGGAAAAGUUGUUUCCUGUGAACCUGUAAAAACCGCCGAGGAUUCUAAAGAAACCGAGUACAAAGUGAUACUUGAUGAUACAAUUCUUUUCCCUGAAGGGGGUGGUCAGCCAUUCGAUUAUGGCACAUUGGAUGGCAAACCAGUGAAAAGUGUCAUAAGGGUUGGAUCUGAAGCUGUACAUUUUGUGGAAAUGACCGAACCUUUCCAAAUUGGUCAGAAAGUUAAACAAAUAGUGGAUUGGCCACGUCGUAUGGAUCAUAUGCAACAGCAUUCAGGACAGCAUCUAAUAACAGCCCUUUUUAGCCGUGAGUUUGGUUUUGAAACUCAAUCGUGGUGGCUUGGGAACGAGACGUCCUAUAUUGAUUUGGCUGUUAAAGAUGUAACGAAGGAAAAUAUGGACCGUAUAGAACGAAUUGCCAACGAAUUGAUUUUCGAAGGAAGGGCAGUUACUGUGGAGGUAACGACAGUGGAAAAAGGAUUACAGUUUCAAGAUAUACGAGCACCUCGUGGCUUACCCGCUGAUCAUGUUGGCCCUGUUCGUGUGGUCAACAUAGAAGGUGUCGAAAGUAAUAUGUGUUGUGGAACCCAUGUUCGAAAUUUAUCACAGUUACAAGCGAUAAAGCUCCUGCAUGCAGAGAAGACUAAAGGAAAGGUGCUAGUUCAUUUUUUGGUUGGAAAUCGAGUUAUAAAGAAAUUAGGAGAAUGCUACGGUAGAGAAAUGCAAAUGAAUAAUAUUUUGAGAGGCGGGCCAUCAUCCCAUAUUGACCUAAUUGAGAAACUACAGUCUAAUCAAAAGUCCAAACAGAAAGCUUUCUUGCAGUUAUUGAAGGAUUUUGCUGUGGCUGAGGCUUCAAAAUUGCGGAGUUUGGAGUCAAAACCUAAGUUUUUCUCUUUACACCGUCGUGAUGGGAUUGAACCUGAUUUUAUAAGCACAUUUUUACGAAACGCCCCUGACGAUAUUUUCUAUUUCAUGACCGUUGGUGAUACUACGGGAAAAGGGCAUAUGGUACUUAAGGGCGAUGAGGAGAUAAUAAAGAAAAUUAGUGCUGAGUUUUUAGAAUUAUUGGAUGGAAAAGGCAACGGAAAAGGCAAAUCGUUCCAGGCUAAAGUUAACAAUCUUGCCAAGAUAAACGAAUGUGAGAAGAUGUUAAUUGAUGCGCUUUCUGGACCACAGCCUGCAUGAUUCCUUGAAUUCACAUUUUCAGUUAAAUUUCUUUUAAUAACUGUUUGAAAUCGGUGACAUAUCGGUUGACAAAAUGAAAUAUACCAAAUGUAUUAUGAUUGGAGAAAUAAAUAUAUAAAUUUUUUAUAAAGUGAAA